AUGCCCCCCCCCCCCUUCUCCCCACGCCACACACACAUGAUGAUGAUGAUGUAGAAUGUUGGGACAGUGCCCCCCAUCCCCAGCCUGUGCAGCAGCAGCAGCAUCCUCCCAUCCUCUCCCCCAGAUAGAGCCUCCUCCUGCCCGCGCUGUGUCACUCCCCCUCCUCCGUCUCCGCUCCCAGCAGCAGUAGCAUCUGCCGUCUCCGCGCCGCUCUCUCCCUCUGAUACCACUCUCCGCUCCCCCAGCCGAGGAUGUGAUCGGGGGUCUCCGCCUGGCGAGUGAUCAGCGUCCUCCGGAGUGGGCUGUGAUCGGUGUCCGUAUUCCCGGGAUCCCAGGUCCAUCAUGUCCGAGGUGCUGCCAUUCAGCGAGGCCGAGCAGCGGGGGCACUACGCGGACGGAGGGGGGGAUAUGGCCGGACAGAUCCCCCUCACCUGCCGCCUCCAGGACACUGGCAACUUCUAUGGCAGCUCCGGGCAGGGAGGCGGCAAGCGACCCCCUAAACUCGGGCAGAUCGGCCGCAGCAAGAGAGUAGUGAUAGAAGAUGAGCGGAUUGAAGAUGUCCUGACCAUGUCAGAGAAGGCCCCGCCAGCUGUCUAAACGCUUCCAAGGAUCAUCUGACUCAACCAACAAAUUAAAGAAUCCGAUAAACUGGAUCUCUGGCUGCCAUCUGUAACACCGCAAACUCAUUACAACCCCACGCAUAGGAAGACUCAACCACUGGGGGCUCAGAUCCGCCUCGGCCAUUGGAGCGAUGAGAGAUGGGGCAUUCCAUUAAUGUACAAAGGAAAACAACGAACGUUUGUUUGGAAGACACCAAAGUCGAGGCAGAAGCUGAGCUACUGAUUUAGGGGGUAAUAAGUCCCCCUUUCACCUUCUGUAAUAUUUGGGUAGGGUGGGGAGGGGUUGCAUACAUUUUCGGGGUGAAUAACGGCUGCGGGGUGGCUUGUGUCUCGAUUUUGGGGUACCAGUCUAUUAUUCUAAAUCAUUAAAAGAGGAUGACGCGAACAGUUUUUACUUACCCCAUUAUUCAUGGACUUUGCAAAAAUAUUGGGGCAUAAUUACCCUUUGCCAGUGGUAAUAAAGUGUUUGAGCCUGCAUGGGGUAUAUCGUGGAAAGCGCAGCAUUAAUGCAUAGCGACAGAUUUACCCCACACAUGGCUCCAGGUAACGGCUUCAAUGAUUUUACACUUGGAAGACGAUGCAUUUUCUGUCCGGUUCUAGUCGUGCUGCAUGAUACGGUGACAGGGAGAAUCCCCAAGUGCGUCACUUUCCCAAAAACCAAGCAGGGGACACGGUUCCACGCCAUAGUCUGUGACAGCUGGAAUUUCCCUGCAGGCUUAAAGCUACACAGGAACUUAGGUAUCCAUUUAUAGCUGUAGGGCCAUGGAAUGUUUAAAAGACCAUAGGAUGCAUAAAAAAACAACAUAUUGACACAUACGUGCAAAAGUUUUAAGAGCAAACGGUCUGGUCACCAAAUGCUGCAGUCUGUUGUCUUGGAAUGGUCCCAGGGCACCGAAAUGUGUAUCUAUUAUGACCACUCUUAUCGUCUCGUACUGAUCCGGUCAGUUCUUAAAUGUGCUGAAACGGACACGUUGCUCUUCACUAGAGAUUGCACACAUAUUGGCUGAUGGCAAUUAGCACCUGGCCCGAUCAAAUUCACAUUCGAUGCAACAAUAUGUAUAAUUAAAGCUGCUACGCAUUUGAAUGUGGCCCCAAAACAUGAGCGAUAUUAAUUCAGCUGCAAGCAUACAGGCGGUCAGAAGAUUGUUAUUAGGUUAUGCGUGCCUAGUCAUCUGAUGUAGACCUGAGCCCUGAAUGGCUGGAUUGCAUCCAGUUGUGAAACUGAUCACGGCAAAGUCCCACAUUCUCGUACACUUACAUUAGCGCAGGCAUAGUAAGUUUAUAGGAUGCUUUUCAUCGUGAGUCCUUAGACCGGUCGUUCUGCAUACUGACGCUCUUCUUUAUGAGCCUAAACUGGCUGAUAAAAGAAGACAAUAGCUUGCAGUAAGUUAGUUAAUAUUAUCUACAAAAAGAAGUUAAUAUCUCCUGCAAGGCUAUGGAGACUUGUACAUAUAUUUGCGGACGUAUAAAAAAAAAAAUUUAAUAGUACCCGCACUACUGGCCGGUAUGUCUUCCAUUUUUAGUGGCACUUAGAACUUAGUCUAUACGACUAUAUAUAAAUUUGGGGAUUCCUAGGGGUUUAUAUACUAAGCAUCGGGUUCUAAAGCCCAGCCUUCCGUCCGUGUUUAUGGCCGAAAUUUUAAAGGGCAACAAUUCUUCCAGCAAAACAUGGCUAGUAAAAGCAUCGCCCCUUUAAAAUUCGGUCUUAACAUAAUGGGAAGCGCCAGAUUUUGGAAGCCGACGCUUAGUCAAUAAACCCCUUUAGUAUCACUGUGUUAUAUGGCACGACCCACAACCAUUGUCUGAAGAUUGAUGUUGAUCAGGCUUCUGUGUGUAACCCCUUAACCGCCUCCUUGGGCCGACGAAAGGAUUUUAAUCGCAACCCUUUUUUUCUUUGGGAUAAAAACAAACCACAAAAAAAAUCUGUUUCAACAUACGUCUGAAUUCCUAGCAGAGUACUGGGACCUCUCCAGUCCCUUUCGCUCUGUCCUAAAUACUGUUUACAUGAUUUAAUCUUGCAAAAAAGAUAUACAUAUAUAUAUAUUUAUAUAUACAUAUAUAUGUGAUGAACUGUGCACCUUUUGCAUGCAAAAAUAUCGUUUUAACAUGUGACAUUCUUUGAUCGAAUGGAAUUAUUUUUAGCCGUGCAAUAUUGCGUGUUCCUCGACCAUUUGUUUUGUUUAAAACAUAAAAAAAAAGGAACAUAAAGGAGAAAGGAUUAUCAUUUGUAUUUUUUUAAAGAGACAGAAACUAUUGUAUUAUUUUUCUCUUUUUCGUUUCCUUUCCUGUGGCAGGGAACUGUUUUAUUACAGAGAUUUUUAUUUUGUGUGUGUGUGUGUGUGUGUGUGUGUAUGUAUGUACAAUAAGCUCCUUUAGCUAUUCCCUAUAACUGGAGGCGUUGUCUUGGUAAGGAAAGAGUUAAAUAUUCAGUACUUGUGCAGGCGGAUAGGGGUGGGCCGGUCAUCGCGGGGGAGGGGCCUACACCUGGAACCCACCUUCGGUCUGACUUGGCAAUACCACUGACUUCUGGAACGUUAGCGCGUCGGUGCUGAAAGGGUUACGUGCAAAAAAAGUCGCCGACGGUAGCCCCAGUUCUUCCACAGUGAGUGCCAAAUUCCUGCAUAGACUUAUCCAGGAGCUUCACAGCCAGUCAACCAGCUCUAGAAAGUUCCUCCAUUCUAGGCAAAGUGCUGGCACUCUUUCCAGUGCAUUCUGGGAGUUGAUGGUGAUUUUCUGGUUGAACAGUCCCAGAAUCGUAACCGCAGCUCGCAGGGAGGCAAUCUGUGGUUCUCUAGCUACCAUGGAACUUUGCAAGCAUAAGCAUGCUGAGACUUUUAGUUCCCUGGUGACUAGUGGCCGAUACGUUGUUGAGGCCUGUGUCUGUGAGGGGUUUUGUUUACAUUUUGCAUCAAAUCUUCCAAAGAGUACAAGCAACCAAUCAGAUUCUAGCUACCGUUUUAGGAAAUGUACCAAAUGAUAGCUAGAAUUUGAUUGGUUGCUUUGGACAACAUCUCCAUUUGACCUCCUUAGAAGGUUUGAUCAGUCUCCCCUAUAGUGCUUAUGUCAGUGAACUAGAUGGAUUCUCUCUGGAGUUGGUCAGAUGUCACGGGGAUUGGACAGGCAGGGUGAUCCAGUCUUUCUGAAGUGUUCUCGCCCUGUUUUCUUUUUCUCAGCGUACCCAUCUGAUUUCUACAAAGAAUUCUUGUGUCUGUGAUUUAAUUCUUCUGAGUUGUCUUGUGUAUAUGUAUUAUGCAGAGCCGCGAGUGAUAUUCAAUACCUGGCGCUCUUAAGUUCUUCCUUAACGGUCUAGAUCGUGCUUUUUAUCUUUUUAUUCUGUUGGAGAAUGAGGCAGGCAGGACUGUACUACCGUGUUCACAAUGCUGGUUCCGUUUUCCUUUCGCUGUAUUCGCCACUCGCACCUGAUGGAGGCAUUUUGUUUUCAGAACCGCUGUGCCGCCUACGGGUUCGCCAGAAUCUAUUGUCUCAUUGGUCCUGGUGAACUGAGUUUCCAUAAUGGUUCAGCUCACAAAAUGGCCGCCCUUCUGUGCAUAGGCGCCACGUGCACUUUAUAUAGCACUGAAUAUGUUUAUCUGCAUGGCUCAGGUUUUUGCAAACGUCCUGUGGGUACAGAUUUGUUAUAUCAAUUGGAAAAAAGGUGUUAUUCCACUUAUGCCGGAAUAUCUGGAUUUUGUGCAGAAUUUCCUGGCUUUUUUUCUUUUAAAGUGGAUCUUGUGUAGAUAAUCUGGGGUUUGCUGCAAUUAUUACUGUUUGUUAUUGUUUUGAAUGGUGCGUUCCUAUCCAGGCUUUAAUCAGAACUAAGCAACGUGUGACUCUUAGUAAACUGCACCUCCCAGCAAGUGUACCAGGAGAUAUAUCUGAACAACAACGCUGUGUGUAAUUGGUAUUUUACGCCUUGCCCACUAAUGGUAGUGUCAUAUGGAUACAAAAUGGUGUCUGUUAUGGGACAGAUUUUUUAAAUGGUUGCUAUGCGAUGGCCUGCAUAAUAAAUAGCCAGGAAUUCAAAAUAGCUGGUAUAUGACGAAGUGUAAAAGAAAUAGGUCCUCAAAAUGGCUGCUACGUGAUAAACUGUGUAAGAAAUAGGAUUUCAAAAUGGUUGCUAAGCAACAAACGGUAUAAUAAAUAGAAUUUCAAAAUGGUUGCUAAGCGACAAACGGUAUAAGAAAUAGGAUUUCAAAAUGGGUGUUAAGCGACAAACUGUAUAAGAAAUAGGAUUUCAAAAUGGCUGCUUAGUAAGACUAUAAGAUAUGGAAUUUCAAUAUGGCUUCUCUGUUACUGACUAUAAGAAAUGGAAUUUCAAAAUGGCUGCUCUGUAACUGACUGUAUAAGAAAUGGAAUUUCAAAAUGACUGCUCUUUGACUGACUGUAUAAGAAAUGGAAUUUCAAAAUGGCUGCUCUGUAACUGACUUUAUAAGAAAUGGAAUUUCAAAAUGACUGCUCUUUGACUGACUGUAUAAGAAAUGGAAUUUCAAAAUGGCUGCUCUGUGACUGACUGUAUAAGAAAUUGAAUUUCAAAAUGGCUGCUCUGUGACUGACUGUAUACGAAAUGGAAUUUCAAAAUGGCUGCUCUGUGACUGACUGUAUAAGAAAUGGAAUUUCAAAAUGACUGCUCUUUGACUGUAUAAGAAAUGGAAUUUCAAAAUGGCUGCUCUGUGACUGACUGUAUAAGAAAUGGAAUUUCAAAAUGGCUGCUCUGUGACUGACUGUAUAAGAAAUGGAAUUUCAAAAUGGCUAUUCUGUGACUGACUAAGAAAUGACUGCUAGUAAACCAACUAAUAAUAGAAAGAAACUGUGUGCGGGUUAAGAAGGCAAUCUUUGAGUUUCCACAGAAGCAAGCAGUGUUACUUAACUCUUGAACGUGUUUGUGAUAUACAGUGUGUUUCCGUAUGAAAUGGACUAAAGCUCAUCUAAGGAAUAUACUUAAUCCCUUCUUUGGAGUCCCUAUCUCUAAUACAUAUGUUUGGGCACCGUCAGGAUAAUGAGACACGUCCAUGUAUAUUUCCUUCCUCACCAUUCUGUCAUGUGUGUGGUGUGUUUCUGCCAUCUUUGUUGCUGGCAAACCAUCCUUUUUUAUUUUUUUAAUGAAACACUUUAUUAGAGGUUCUAAAAUGUUUAUUUAAAAAAAAAAAUACAAAUUCUCUGUAAAAUCUGUUAAAAUGUAAUAAAUCUGCAAUAUGGUGUCACACUCUGAAUAUGUGCUCAGGGUGAGGAAAAGGAGAUCAGCCACAGCGCAGUGAGGCUGCGGGGUGGAGCCAUUUAGCGCAGUCUUGUGAUAAGCAACCUAUCUCCACAGACCUGCAAACCAGCCGCCCUGUGAGGGAUUCGGAAGCAAAAGCCAGCAUUGGGUGGGUGACAUAUUAAGUAAAUCAUUUGUAAUGAAGAAAAGGAUCAGCAAUGUGCUUCAAAUUUGGCAAUAAUUGGUAGUAAUAAUAACAUUACUAAGGGGUAAAUUCAUGAAGCAGUGGAGAAGUUGCCCAUGGCAACCAAUCAGCAUCUCCCUUUCAUUUGAUAAAGGCUUCCUUCAAAGCUGAUUGGUUGGCAUUGGCAACCUCUACUGGUCCUUUUCUCCACUCUUUUCACGGCUUCAUGAAUAGACCCAUAAGAAACAAAUCCCGGUUGCAAUUUGUUUACGCAGUACGAGUUCUAAGAAAUGCGCGGGGGGGGGGGGGGAGGAUUUAUUGAGGGGCCACAAGACGUUUUCAGUAGAUUUCAAUAUAAGUCACAAUUAUCCCUGAAAGACGCAAUCCGUGCAGUGAGGGGAAAAUACAAUAAUUGCCCCUUCCUCCCCUCAACCGGGCUGUUUUUAUAUUAAUUUAUAGGCUCCUCGUAGUCUUCAUAUGUACAUCCUGACCCACUGCUCCGUGGUCACUGUCUGUCUGCUCCUCCCCUUUAGAAUGUAAGCUCUCACGAGCAGGACCCUCUCCCCUCAUGCUUUUUUCCUUCUCUUACUUCUACUAUCACCUACGCCAUACUCCUUACAGCGGCACCUAACCCUCGGUUUCUGACACCCUGCUGCCUUUGUCAGUGUUAUGACCACUGUUCCAUAUACCCUGUACUUGUCAUGCAUCGUCUUGUACUGUAAGUCGCUGUUUUCUUGUUUUGCUCAUUUGUUUAUGUACUUUGUUAGGCGCUGCGGAACCCUCGUGGAGCCAUAUAAAUAAAGGAUAAUAGUAAUAAUUGUCCACAUCCAUCCCUAUUCUGUAUGUCACCGUUGCGGCCAUUCAUUGUAUUAUUCCUGGCGAAUGGAUAAAGCUAUUCGUGCAUUGAUUAUUGCACAAGGUGAAAUGAAGGACGAGCACUUUUUAUAGUGGCAUCCCAGAGGCUUUGGCGCUACCAGUCGCCUCUUACACUGCACCGGGGCGACACGCAGAGACAUCUAGCGGGGAUGAAUGCAGAAGAGGGCGGGACAGAGCUAGCGCCGCGCCUUGUUGGGUCUGGCCGUUAUAAAUUUCUGCUUUUUCAUUUUUCUUUUUCUUUUUCUUUCUUACUGUACCUCUGAAAUGUGUUUUGCGGCAAACGUAUGCUGUUAAAGGGGUUAAAAUGUGUAACUACAUAGAGGGGACGGGAUGGAGAGGCACUUGAAAUAGUUAUCAUAUAUUACUGCUGUUUUUAUUGCAAUAAAAUGUUGAUACAGUUGA